AACAGACGGUGGAACAGAGGGAGGUUUUGUUUGGGAAACGACCUGCGUUCCGAGAGAUUUGGAAUAAAUUGGAAUCACAAGUGCGAACUUUUGGAGCUCAUGGCAUUCAAAUCGAUACAGGCUACUAAUACCCAAAGCCAACUCCGCCCAUGAUUAUCUGAAGGAAAUGGGACGAGACGAAACAUUUCGAAAAUUCGGGGCAUUUAUUUAAAAGUUCGCCGUGAGACGGUGAAGAUGACGGAUUGUAAUCUUAUAGCUGCGCUUUUUACCACCGGUUUAGUUUUAUCCUGUGUUGCAUUAACUUUAACUUCAUCAGAUAAUAAAGUUAGCUUCGAGGCGCUACUGGCGAGGCUCUCCGCCAGUUUGAUAGCAAGAGGCGAGCCCGUUUUCCCUGACCAGACGCUGCGGCUGGACGGGAGCGCACUGCAAUCGUUGGAGAAUGAUAUUACAGAUUCUGGGGACAUUCCUCGGUCUAUCCUCGGUGACGGAUCUGCGCUUGGCGGUCCACAAGUUCAAACUAAAUACGGAGUACUGAAGGGGCUUACAGUAGACAAGGCGCACAUAUUUUACGGAGUCCCGUUUGCUGACCCGCCUGUUGGCGAGAGGCGGUGGAAGCCCCCCACUCCGCCGACGCCGUGGAAAGAAGUGCGCGAUGCCACAUUCCCGAGACCCGGCUGUAUGCAGACAUGCAGUGGACCCAUCUAUAACGAGUGUCCUACAGAGGUCAGUGAAGACUGCCUGUACCUCAACAUAUUUGUGCCGCUGGACGUCGACUUCAAGUCUCCUCUGUUGACACCGCUGCCGGUGAUGGUGUGGAUCCACGGAGGGGAUUUCAUAGCCGGCUCGGCCUCCAAACCCUUAUACGACGGGAGGUUCAUCGCCAAUUUCACCCGCACCGUGGUGGUGAACCUGGAGUACCGGCUUGGUGCCUUCGGUUUCCUCGUCUCCGGGAAAAACCCCAAGGCGUCGGCCGUGGGGAACUACGGGCUCCUGGACCAGCAGGCGGCCCUCCUCUGGGUGCAGCAGAACAUCGCUGGGUUCGGAGGGGAUCCCAGCAGGGUGACUAUAUUCGGGGAGAGUGCGGGAGCCCAGUCUGUGUGUCUCCACCUCAUGCUGCAGAGCAGCCAGCCCCUGUUCCAGCAGGCUGUGUGCCAGAGCCUUCCGUUCUCCAUCCCUCUCAAGACCAGGCAUGAGGCGCGGAAGCUGGGGAAGCAUUUUGCUAAGUUGGCUAACUGCUCGGCGAAGGACUGGGCCUGCCUGCAGGCUCUCACCUCCCAGGAGGUGCUCGCAGCGCAAGUGAAAGCAGGUUCAAAAAUUGUGAACCCCUUCAGAUUCCUGGAGCUGUUUGAGUCGUGGGGGCCCUACAUCGAUGGCGAGCUGAUCAAAGAGCAGUCAAUCGCUGCUUUCCAGAAGGGGCACUGGCAGAAGGACAAACCAGUUCUCCUCGGCACUACUUCUGAAGAGGGUGUGAUAUUUGUGUAUGGAGUCUUCACCAAACCAGUCUCGGCGCUGGAAUGUACCGUCUACACCACAGCCAUCUUCAAACAGCACGCUCUGCGCAUUCUGCACAAGUACAUCCCCUUGUACCAGGACGCGGACCGCCGCUCAAUGCUUUCUCAGAUCGUGACGGACUACGUGUUCCUGUGCCCGUCGCGCAGGGCGGCGCGGGCGGCGGCCGGCGGGGGCGGGGCGGCGUGGCUGUACGUGUUCGACCACGCGGCGGCGGACCCCCGGGUGUGGUCGGGCCUGCGCCCCUGCUACGGGCGCGUCUGCCACGGGGCGGAGCUCCCCUUCCUGUUCGGCUCGGCCGCCGUGGCCAACUUCAGCCUGACCCCGCCCGAGCAGCUCCUGGCCAAUCGCAUGCUCUGCUACUGGGGCGCCUUCGCCCGCGGGGGGGACCCCUCCCCCGCCCCGCCCGCCGCGCAGACGCCCUUCUGCCGGGAGCAGCGGCCCGUCUCCUGGCCCCGCUAUUCCGGCGCCUCCGCGGACAGCUGGGCACUCAUGAACCUGACCCUGGCCUCUCACGCCCAGCCCGGCUUCAGGGACCAGCUCUGCGACUUCUGGGACAAGCUCGGCGUCUACUAAACCGCCACUGAGGCCUUUAGACAGCGUCAUGGAGACAGCGUCAUGGAGACAGGGGGUUAAUGCUGGGGGAACAUCGAUGACAGAGCUGGAUUAGGGGGGCCCUUCUGGUGCUAUACAGUGACCACGCCCUCACUGAAGGAGUUUGCCACAAUGUCUGGCCCAUUCCGAGCACUGAAAGCAGCAAAAUAUUCUCCCAGAUUCUCUCUGGAUUUCACAGAUUCUGCCUGGGAAAGCUACCACUGUGCAGCUGUUUGUGUCUCAUCUUCUGUUGUUUUAACACAGACACACCAGUGCUGCUUUUGGAUCCCUUCACCCUUAACUAUGGAUUUAUUUAAGUGUUUUGUAGCUGAGCAUUCAAAGCGUUCAGGCGCCCUGUGACCCCUUCCACAGGAAGUGGAAUACAGAUUAGCCUCUAGCUAUGUCCAGCCUUGUUACUACUGUCUACUGCCAGCAGUCAUCAUUCAGCCUUCAUUGUGUUUCUUUGUACAACUUAAACUAGCUUCCUAGAAUCUUAGCUCCUGCACUCUAGGAGACAGCCAUGGAGACAGGCACUGCAAGUGGGAUGUCCUAGUGGCAUUCGCCCUACCAGCUCGCUAGCAAACAAAAGUCUCUUCAUCAGAGGUGUUCUUAACUAGCUGACGUUAGCUAGUUAGCAUGCUAAUGUCAUAAUCUGUGGCUAAAUUCUGCAAUAUGUUGCUUACAUCAAUUUUCACUGUAUUCCGCUAAUUGAUGAUUGCAAUUCUCAUUUCCUUUUGAGUUUAUAGCUUGCUUCUGUUUUUUGAUGUUUGUAUUUAGGCUAACUGACCAGUCAUGAUGUCAUGAUGUGGCUUUGUGGUUUGUGCUUUCUGCAAUUUGCCUUCAUCCUGUAAAGUAUUGUAGCUACUCAGUGAUUCAUCGUUUAUUUGAGCCUACGUUAGGAAUGGAUUUGCAGAGUGGUGGGGGGUGGGUGCGGGGGGAGGGUGGUGAUAAAAUUUUAAGGUCCAAAUUUUCUGUAAUGGAAAAACUCAAUAAAUGUCACAGAUUGACUCCAUUUAUUUCCCCUUAAAAAUUCAUAUUUUGCCGUAUGCUGCUUGUACCCGUUAGUUAUCGCUUCGGUUAUAUUAUGUUUUAUUUUGUCUAUGUAGUCAUGUAAAUAGGGAAAAAUAAAAU